AUGUCUCAUUCUACAGGCAGCUCUAGCUCAAGUUCCAGCUCGACAAGCGAAGACGAAGUCCAUGUUGAAAUCGAUGAGCAAGCUUAUGAUCCGGGUGAAGAACUGAUGUUAUUGGUUCUUCAACAACACCAACAACUUAUAAAAGCAUAUCAGAGGAGGGACAUGUGUAGAAGAAGGUUCGUCCAAAGAAAUCGUGAAGCUGAGCAUGAGAGACUCGUCAAUGAUUAUUUCUCUAUAACCCCGGUGUAUCACGAUGAAAUAUUUCGAAGACGAUUUCGAAUGCGAAGAGAAUUAUUCCUCCGCAUAGUGAAUGCAUUAGAGAAUCAUUCAACAAUUUUUCAACAAAGAGACGAUGCUGUACGAAGAAAAGGGUUAUCACCACUACAAAAAUGCACCGCUGCGAUUCACCAACUGGCUUACGGAGUCCCCGCCGAUCGUCUUGACGAGUACCUACGUAUGGGUGAAUCAACUGCCAUCAGGUGCCUUUUCAAGUUCUACGAAUACGUUAUUGAAAUAUUUGGUGAUAGGUACUUGAGAAGGUCAAAUGUUGAUGAUGUUCAACAUCUUCUGCAAAUGCAUGAUGAGAGACAUGGCUUUCCUGGCAUGUUAGGUAGCCUUGAUUGUAUGCACUGGAAAUGGAAAAAUUGUCCAGUUGCUUGGAAAGGAAAUAUGCUGGAGAUUAAUUUCACGGUGAACGACACUGCAUAUAUGAAGGACUAUUAUCUAACAAAUGGAAUAUAUCUCGAGUGGGCUACUUUUGUUAAGGCUUUUCCUUGCCCGGAGGAUCCCAAGAGGAAGUUGUUUAAGGAAAGACAGGAGUCUGCAAGAAAAGAUGUUGAACGGGCAUUUGGGGUGCUCCAAUCUCGAUGGGCGAUUGUCAGAGGUCCAGCUCGGUAUUGGUAUAGGAAAAAGUUAAAACAAAUCAUGUUAGCAUGCAUUAUUUUGCAUAAUAUGAUUGUUGAGGAUGAGGGAGAUCACGUGACAAAUUGGUACAACGAAGAAGGUGACGAACCCGCACAACCUAUCCAUGGCUCAAACCGAGUAUUUCAGGAUUAUCUUCGAACAAAUUCUGAGCUACGUGACACUCAAGUUCAUCACCAACUUCGCGUCGACUUAGUUGAGCAUAUCUGGGGGCAAUACAACAACAAUCCGUGA